CAGCAGCUGUGGAGAUUAGAGAGGACAGGACAUAGACACACACACAUACCCCCCCUUACAUAAAUUUGGUCUGCCAGGGCAAAUCCAGUUUAGACUGGCGAAGGUUCUCAGUAGUCUUUCACUGGACUUGGCUUGUACAAAAACCUUUCCUUGAUUUGGUAAACCUCAUCUGAACUCUGAUUCUCCAAUGACCUGUUAAAUCCUCAGAUCUCCGGUAGCCUGAUGGUGGACUGCAUCUCCAGUUGGAACAUUUUGGUUUCUGGAUCGACACCAAGUCACAGGCUGAUCAAGAACUGGUGUUUUUCUAUUAGUUUACUUCUUACCGGUCCGCGCUCAUCAGGAUUUGGACAUGAGUUUUUUUGGGUACCGUCGGGAGCUGAGUAAGUACGAAGAUGUCGACGAGGAUGAGCUUUUGGCUUCGCUCAGCCCGGAGGAGCUGGCUGAGCUGGAGAAGGAACUGUGCGACAUCGACCCCGACGCCAACGUGCCCAUAGGACUCAGACAAAGAGAUCAAACGGAUAAGACCCCAACGGGCACCUUCAGCAGGGACUCGCUCAUGAAAUACUGGGAAAAUGAGACACGGAGACUGCUGGAGGACGAGAUAGGAGGAGGAAGCCCCAAACCGGAUGAAGAUCAAGAAGAAUGUUUGACGGAAGAAAACAGUGAUGAGGAGGAGGAGGAGGAAGAGGAGGAGGAAGAAGAAGUGGAAAAAGAUGAUGACAAUGAAAAAGAGCAGAAUAAUUGCCCCAAAACAGAAGAGAAAGUAGAGGAGGAAGAGGAGAGUAGUGAUGAUGAAGAGGAAGAGGAAGAGGAGGAAGAAGAAGAAAGUGAGGAGGAAGAGGAACCCGUAACAGAGGAGGAAGAUGAAGAGGAGGAGCAGAAACAAGAUAGUAAACUGAAACCUGAAACCUUAAAAGAAGCAGGGGUCCUGAAGGCCAAAACAGCAGAACAACUCCGGCCUCAGAGGGCGGAGCCUGUGAGGCUGACUCCUCCCAUUCCACCUGUCGACCCCAACAUGAAUGGAAACCCCACUGUUGUGGAUGACGCUCUGCAGCGAGCCCUCAGCGAUGACCCCGAGCUCACUGAGAUCAAUCUGAACAACAUUGAAGACGUCUCACAGGAAACUCUCAUCCGAUUCGCUGAAGCCCUGAGGAGCAACACACACGUCCAGGUCUUCAACCUCGCCAACACACGGGCCGACGACCACGUGGCUCUGGCCAUCGCCAAGAUGUUGAAGGAGAAUUCUUCCAUCAUCAGUCUGAACAUCGAGUCCAACUAUGUGACUGGCAAAGGUGUGAUGGCGCUGGUCCAAGCGCUUCCAGGAAACAACACUCUGACCGAGCUGCGGUUCCACAACCAGAGGCACAUGUGUGGCGGACAGGUAGAAAUGGAGAUGGUGAAGAUUCUGAGGGAAAACCACACUUUGAUCAAACUGGGUUACCAGUUCAACCUCCCUGGUCCCAGAAUGAGCAUGACCGGGAUCCUCACCAGGAACCAGGACCGGCGGAGGCAGAAGCGGCUGCAGGAGCAGCGGCAGCAGCAGGGCCAACAGGGGGCGCAAGAUGGAGCCGUUAACCCUCGAACCUCCGCCCUGAGAGGAACACCCAGCUCUUCACCUUACAACUCGCCCAGGGCCUCGCCGUGGUCCUCGCCCAAACUGCCUCGAAACGACUUGGCUAGUAAACAGACUCCCCCUGCUCCACCACCUCCUCCCCCUCCACCUCCUCCUCCUCCUCCCCCUCCACCUCUCCCGCAGCGGGAAGAGAAGAAGCCCACCAGGAUGAUUGCGGAGGUCAUCAGGGCGCAUGAGGCCGGCAGCAAAAAGGUGGUCAAAACAAAAGGGAAGAAGGGGAAGAAGGCGAAGGAGAAGCGGCCCGGGAAAGACGAGACGAGCUGCAUCCUGAAGGAGCUCAAGAACGUCCUUAGGCCUGUGGCGGCGGACAGGAGAGGGGAGGAGGGCAGCCGGCCAUCCACGCCCAUGAGGUCAGCCCACGAUCAACUGAUGGAGUCCAUCCGGGGCAGCAGCAUCCGCGGCCUGAGACGGGUGGAAGUCCCACAUCAUGUACGAUGAACAGAGCGAGAUGAGAGGGAUCAGCUGAUGACGAUGGUGUGACCAACAGGGAAGGAAGUGAAGCACGAGAGAUGAAUUUGUGGAGACAAGCAGGAAAUCUUAUUCAUAGAUGACGAAAAUAUACUGGAAAGUUGCACUGCAAUGAUAGUGUUACAUUUUUAACUUUUUUAAAGUAUUUAUUCAUACUAAAAAAUGGCAUUUGUAUUCUAAUAUUGAAAUGAGUUGAUUGCCAUGUUUACUGGUACCGGUACGUUUUAUAAACCUCUGUUGACCUUGUGACUGUAAAUAUGUUCUGUUGUUGCCUGAACUUUGUGUUAUUUCUAAAUAUAACCAUUUGCUGUUUACAACAAGUCUUGUGAAAAGAGAACAACUGUUUCUCUCUUUGUUUCGUGGAGUAGUUUCAUUUGAGAGAAAGUGGUCAAGCUGUUACGGAGAAGUAAAGGAAGCACGCGUUAUUUAUUUAUUUUUUAAAUCAGUGAGUCAGCUAGCUGGUCAGGCGCCGCUGAUGCACAUUCCCCCAGCACACCCACUCCAUCACUGUCUCUGAUGCUGCUGCACACCGGGAACAACUCAGUCACGAGAAAAGUCCAAAAAGGUUUCUAGCAUUAAGGUCUGAGUUGUGGCUUACUAAAGACGACAUAAGACAACACAAAUAAAUAACUUUUUUAAAGAAAAAUCAAAGAUUUUUCUUUCUUUAAAAAAAAAACAACUCUAUUUGCAGACUUUGAAAGACACAAGUUCAGUCCAAAGCACACAAUUUUUUGACACUUAAAUGCUUUACAUUUACCCUAAUAUUAGAUUAUAAAUUGAGCAGCAAAGUCCCAUUUUGUACAUUAUUAUGAUCAGCACAUGACUAAUCUGAUGUGGGUGCAAGUGACAUUUACAUAAAUAAUUCAAAAUCAAAUCUUUUUGCGUGGUCCAUGGAGCUUUUCAGAGUUGUUUCAUAUUUAGUGAUGUUUUUUUUUUUUUUAAUUUUAAGACCUGAUCAGGGUUACUUUGCUUUUCACCUGCUGACACUUGGGAUCGGCUCCAUGUGGACUUUAGAUCAACCAAAAAAGACACAUCUGAGAUGCUCAUGGGACACUGGGAAAUAAAUAAAUAAAUAAUAAAUGCUUCUCAAGACUUUAAUGAUGUGAAGUCGGCUCUGAGAGCAGCAGGAAGAUGUUUUCAUGAAACCAAAAUCUUUGAAAUGUGGUUUAUUAACACAAUUCAGUUCAAGAAUACAGGAAUAAGUCAUCUAAAACAUUAAAG